UUUCAAACAAUCGGCCGCUGAACUUUGCCGGUAGCAGCCGGUCUCCGUCGGUGUUGAUAUACCUUUUUCGCUUUUAGUUUGUCGCGAGCUCUCGUAGGGUAGGGUGCAUUUCGUUUGGGAUUUAUUUACGCGCUUAUAAUUUCACAAAAAUCACCAUUUUAGUGACUUAAAUCGGUUAAAUCAUGACUUAAAAUCGAUGUUUUAUGCUGUUUAUCGUACGCCGGUGAUUUUCGCUGAUGAAUAAAAUGAAGGCGAUCUUUGUUUUGUUGGUUUUGUGGCGUUUAACAUUAAAGGCGGAAAGCAAGGACGAUCCGUACUUCGUGAAAACCCCCAAAGACGUGGACGUGAUCCUCGGCCGGCCCGUCAACUUACCGUGCGAGGUGACGCCCGACGACGGCGUCUCGUACUACUGGGAACUGAACGGCUCGAAACUGGCCAACACCACCCGCCGGUACCAACAGGGCGGCGAUUUGCGCAUAACGCGCGUCGAUCGCGAACGCGACGCCGGCCAAUUCACUUGCAUCGCCGUCGACGAGGCUCGGACGGCCAUCACCAGUUCGCCGGCCACCAUCAACAUACAAUGGAUCGACGAUGUCUCCGUGCAACUGCAAGAACCCGAAUCGCCGUCGGCCGUCCGUCGCGGCGCCACCGUCAUCUUGAGGUGUCACGCGGACGCCUCGGGAGAGGUCCAUUACGAGUGGUAUCGGAACACGGACCAUUUAGCGAAGUCGCCGAAGCUCGAAAUUAAAAAGAAAAGGCUGCACAUCAGAUCGGCCGAGCCGAGCGACAACGGCGUCUACAGUUGCGUCGCGACGAACGAGGCGGGAACGCGCCGGAGCGUCGCCAAUUUCGCGUUGGCGGUGCCGGGGAAUCACACGCCGCUCAUCCAAAUCGUACCCGGCGACGUCGUCGCCAAGCGAGGCGGUACCGCCUUCAUAGAUUGCUCCUAUCAGAACGCCGACGUCAUCGAAUGGUACUUCAAAGACGAACGAUUGGGAAACGACAACAGCUUCACCAUUCAUUCGAACGGGACUCUUCAGAUAAACGAAGCGGGCGAGCAACACGAAGGUGUUUACAGUUGUACCGGAAUCAGGAGCGAUUCCGCCGAGGUACCUCAAACUUACACGGCGGAAUUGAAAAUAGCCUUCAUCGAACCGCUGGUUUCUGUCUCGUUCGAGCCGCCUCUGCCGGAGAAUUCGAAGAAAAUCGUGGGCGAAGGGGCCGAUUUCCAAUUGACCUGCUUGCAGCCCGACAGUUUACCGCCGGCGAGGAAAUGGUGGGAAAAUCCGCGCGGUCAUACGAUUUCCGACAUGGGAGACAUACGAGUCGACGACGGGCGAUUGAUCAUCGAUAAAGCGAAACUCCAAGACGCCGGUCGUUACAAAUGCGUCGCGGAAAAUCUAGCCGAUAAAACCGAAAAAACCGUCGAAGUCGUUGUAACCACCAAACCGAAAAUCACGGUGCAUCCGGAGAGCGUGACGGUGGACGAAAGCGACCGAUCGUCGUUGACCUGCGACUUCGAAUCCUCGUCCAGGGAACACACGGCGGUGAAAUGGAAGAAAGACGGGAAAACGUUGAAGCACGACUACGACGAACCAUCGUCCGGAUCGCAUUCGAGGAUAAAAAUCUUCAAGCACAACGGCACGCUGAUCAUCGGCAACACCCAAUCGACCGAUCGAGGAGAGUACGUUUGCGAGGUGAUCACGGCCGGUCAGAGGCCGGUCUACUCCAAACCGGCUACGAUAUCAGUUAUAGAGCAAUUGAGGUUCGUCCCGGCGCCUGUAAACAAGAAAAUGGAGCUGGGCAGUAUGGCGAAGGUGCACUGCAAAGCCCAAGGUACUCCACCGCCGAUAAUACGUUGGGAAAAAGAUGGUAAAUCGUUGGAUAACUCCUCCAACGGUCGCAUAACCGACAUCAACGGCACGUUGCACUUCAACGGCGUACAAACCGAUGACAAAGGCCGCUACAACUGCCUGGCCAGCAACAGCCAAGGCCUCAUCAACGCCUCCAUCACCAUCGACGUCGUCGUCGCCCCGAAGUUCAGCGUGUUGCCGAAGAACCCCACCGAAGCCGUCGAAGGCGAUUCGGUGACGAUCGAUUGCGUGGUCGAAGGCGAUCCCAAGCCCACCAUCCAAUGGGACAAGAACCUCAACAUGAACGACUUCGACUUGGAGCGCUUCAAAGUGCUCGACAACGGCACGUUGUACAUCAGCCGCGUGCGGAAAGAGGACGAGAACAAGUACGGUUGCACGGCCGGCAGCAGCGCCGGCCUCAACCGGAAGGAAGUACAGCUCAUCGUGCACUCUGUAAACGGAAUGCACGCCGGGGAUUCUACUGUCACCAAAGCUGUGUUGAUAACAAUGUCUGUAGCAGGAGCUUAUAUCGUAUUGGUCAUCGGUUUGAUGGUGUGGUGCAGGUGCAGGAGGAAAUCCAGGAAGAUUCCUCUCGACGAUGUGGGUAAAACCGAAAACGGAGACUUGGACCACACCGAAUUGAAAGAACCGAUCAACGGUACGAGUUCGGUGAAUUCGAAAACGAAACUGAACGGGCUGGACAACCACAAAGAAGGCCAGCGCAGCGACGGCGCCGAAACCACCAACUCGCAAUCGUCCAGCCAAUCGAAGAAGUCCAAAUCGAGCCUCUACGACAAGCUGGCGCUGUCGAGGACCCACCUGAAGGAGUCCAAAUUGAUCGGGCGCGGCGAAUUCGGCGACAUCAUGGUGUCCAGGUUGCCCAAGAGCGCGCUGGCCAACAACAAGCGCCUCUCCAAGCACUCCCAAUCCAUCGAAGAAGACGACAAGGACGUGCACGUGCUGGUCAAAGCGCUGACCAACACCAAAGACGAGGCCUGCCUUCAGGAAUUCAAGCGCGAGAUCGACUUGUUCAAUAAACUGUCGCACGAGAACAUCACCAAAUUGUUCGGUUUGUGCAGAGAAACCGAGCCACACUACAUGAUCCUCGAACACACCGAUUGGGGCGACCUGAAGAAGUUCCUGGUGGCGACGCAGAGCGGCACCCCGCCGCCCCUGACGGCGGCGCAAAGCGUCGCGGUGCUGCACCAGAUCGCCCGAGGCAUGGAAUACUUGUCGAACAACAGACAAGUGCACAAGGACCUGGCGGCCCGGAACUGUUUGAUCUCGUCCCUUUUGGUCGCCAAAGUGGGCCUGCCCCGGCUCACUCGAGACCCCUACAGUCAAGAGUAUUGCAAACACGUCAACAACAUAAUACCGUUGAGAUGGUUGCCGUACGAGGCGGUCUACGAGGACGAGUACUCGACGAAGAGCGACGCCUACGCCUUCGGGGUGUUGAUGUGGGAGAUUUUCGCCAAGGGCGAGUUGCCCCAAUCGAAGAUCAACGACAACACGUUCUUGACCAAGUUGCAGGAUAAUAAGAUCGAAUGGAAACCGCACGCUAAUACUGUAGAGGGAUUGAUCGAUUUACAAGAGUCCUGUUGGAAUAGAGAUCUGCAGAAGAGGCCGUCUUUCAACGAAAUUUCCUCGAGAAUUUGCGAAAUACUCAAAACUAUGUAAAUAUAAGGAGCCCGUAUUGGAUUGUUGGUGCACGAAACGAAUAGAUUGUAAUCACUACUUCCCGCUUUCCAUUGUAAUCGAGAGAAAUGUUGGUAUUUUUUCUUUUUAAAGUUAGGUAUUUAUUUUAGUUGUAGGAGCGUGCGACAUGUUUAAAUUCAACGAAACAGACACAUAUUCAAAAAUUGCAUUGAGACUGAUUUUCUUUUAAUAGUAGUAUUGAACAUUUUUAAUAACGAGAGAGAAUAGAGACGUUGAUUUUGUAUUUUUUUUAAUUUAAUAAUACGAUUUUAUCGCAUUACUCACGAGUCGAAGACUUGAUACAUCUUAUAUUUGUACAUAUCAUUUAUCGGUUAAAUAUUUAAUUGUAAAGCAUAUCAUAUACAGAAUGUUCUAAUGUUUAUACACAUGUAUCAUGAAAAAUAAAUUAUUAGUAGUAGUAAUUAUUUUGAUAUUGAAGAAAAAAACAAACGCGAAUUUCUAUCUAAUAUUAGAUCAUUUUGUGUAGUUAGUUUUUAAGUUUUUCUUUUUUAAUUCUGUACAUUACAAGUCCGAAAACCGCAAAGCACUGCCAAACUAACUCAAUUUUUUAUAAUGUAUAACAUGUACCGAUUUUUAAUGUAUUUUAAGCUAAAGCUGAAGACUGUAACCAAUUUACGCUGCAAUUUCUUGUGGUACUAGAGUCGAAAAAAAAAACCUCUAAAUUCGAUGUACGAGGGUAGGGUGAAAGGUUCUCGGUCUGAUACACUGAAGGCGCUCCAAUCAACUAAUUCUAGAACUGUCUAGAACUAGACGCUUCAGAAAUAUUUAGAAUUAUCAAGAACCAUUUAGAACGCUAUCCAGAAUCAUUAAAAAUCGUCCAGAACCAUUUAGAACGCUUCAUACAUUUGUCAGGCCGAAAACUUAUCACCUUACCCUUGUAUAUCCAGGAAAAAUUCGUCUGGAAACUUGCCGUACUAUUUCUACCGCUACAUACUCGUCAUAAUAACGCUUUAUAAUGUCGCUUUAAGUGAAUCAAUUUUCGACUCUAGCUUAGGUCGUUGGGCUUACGAAAUUUAUAAAAAAAUAUAUAGCCUGUAAUCAUAAAUUUGGUUGUAUAUAAGAGACCAAAAAUUCUAUUGCGAUUCGAUGGUGCCUCUCUUCGAUAUAUUUAUCGAGCUUUCGCCUAAAAGCAAUUCGUUUUCGACGUUUUUCCAAAACGAUUCGGUGAAAUUUGAUAAGAAAAAUAGGAGACUUUUAUAGCGGUGUUAUUCGUUGAUUUUGUUGAUAAUAUAUUUAAAACGAUAUUAUGUACCAUAAACCUUUUUUUUACUGUAUAUUAUAAUCGAUUUAGUUUAUACCUUACUAGUUUAAGGCGCAUUUUUACUACGCAGUUUUUAUACUAUAAAAGAAAAACGAAAUUCUGUCCAUAUAUUUUAGCGAUGUAGCGUUUUUUGUAAUGAUUUUAUACAUUUUAU